AUGACGGAUAAACUUCACGAAUAUCAAGGGAUUACGGGCCGUCUUCAUUGUGCAAGGGACAGGUACCGCGAGAGAUUAUCGCAGUGGAGAGAGCAGCAUCCAAGAGGAGUAAGGGAUGUCGUUGCUGAGACAUUUUUUGGUAUUCCCAAUUCAGAUGAGGCGCCAGAACGGGUUUGGCAGGAUAGUGAAUACAGUGAUUUGUACAGGAGGAAAAGUCGGAUUGAGCUGAUGCGAAUAUCGGCAGCAGUUAUGGGCAUCGAGUUUUCGUAUGCUGGAGAGACAGCUUUCGUGUCUCCCACUCUCCUGCAGAUAGGAGUUCCUCAUCAUCAGAUGACCUUAGUGUGGGCGCUGUCACCGCUUAUUGGAUUCUUUAUGACACCUCUACUGGGUUCAUUGAGUGACAGGUGUCGGUCGAAGUUUGGAAGGAGAAGGCCCUUUAUAGUUUUGAUGUCUGUGGGCGUUUUACUUGGAUUAAUUCUAGUUCCAAACGGCGAAGCCAUAGGGUAUGCGUUGGGUGACGAGUUACCAGUCAACAGAACAGAUGCACCAUCUGCUUUAGGACCUCGGAGUUCAGUUUUGGAGACUGAAGGCAGCAAUUAUCAUCCAUGGGGCAUCUUAUUCACAGUUCUUGGCACCGUUUUCUUGGACUUCGACGCCGACGCUUGUCAGAGUCCAGCACGUGCUUAUCUCCUCGAUGUGACAGUUCCAGAGGACCAUGCAAAAGGUCUUAGUACUUUCACAGUAAUGGCCGGACUCGGCGGGUUUAUGGGGUACGCACUCGGCGGCAUUAACUGGGACGACACCAAAUUAGGAGACUUCUUUGGCGGUCACGUUCGAGCAGUUUUCUCUCUCAUCACGAUAAUAUUCAUAGCGUGCGUAUCAGCCACUAUCACCAGCUUUAAAGAAAUUCCACUUGGAGAAGUUAAUGACCAGGAGGAGUUCAGGAAAUUGGCUCAAAAUGAAAGAAUCCAGGAGAGUUUUGACGAAGAUGGAUCGGAGAAGAAUCUUAAAAAGGAUAACGUCAUGUAUGGAUCUGUUAAUCAACCUGAGAAUGGCGUGGAACACAUAAGUGAAGCUGCCCACGGAGAAACCCUGUCGCUUCGGCAUUACCUAAAGUCGAUUGUGUUGAUGCCAAGUUCGCUGCGUGUGGUAUGCCUCACCAACUUGUUCUGCUGGAUGGCGCAUGUUUGUUACUCGUUGUACUUCACAGAUUUCGUCGGUGAAGCUGUGUUUGGGGGUGACCCAGCGGCGCCCGUCGGUAGCGAAAGCCGCAUGGAUUAUGAAGCCGGCGUUCGGUUCGGCUGCUGGGGCAUGGCGAUGUAUUCCCUCUCUUGCGCCUGCUAUUCAACUAUAAUCGAAAAACUUAUUAAAAGGCUUGGGGCCAAGCGUGUGUACGUUGGUGGACUGUGUACGUACAGUUUCGGCAUGAUGGCCCUGUGUGCCAUUCGUGCUCCUGCAGCAGUUCUGCUGUGCAGUUGGACCGCCGGCGUCAUGUACUCUACACUCUUCACCAUGCCGUAUUUACUCGUGGCGCAUUAUCAUGCUACGGGCAUGUGGGAUAGUGGUGGCGGUGGAUGUGGCGAGACCCGCGGCAUCGGCACGGAUGUUGCAGUAGUCAGUAGUUGCGUUUUCGUCGCCCAGCUUCUUGUUUCCUUCAUCAUGGGUUUAGCAGUGAAGGCAGUUGGCACAACCGCCGCAGUUGUGGCCGUAGCUGCUACUCUCGCUGCGUGUGCUGCGCUAACAGCUACACAGAUUACAUAUCUUGAUUUGUUUUUAGAUCCUCUGCUCGACGAUGUUGAGUACAAUUUAGCCGCUGAUACUAACCUGCCUUUUAAUUUUAAAACUCCAUUACUUUACCCGAUAGCGUACCUUUUAGUAAUGGUAGCGUUAUGGUAUGCCGGAUUUUACGUAAUGGUAACGGGUGCAACGAUGCAGUCGCAUCUCGUACACCUUCUGUGCCAGUUUAUAAUACUGGAGGACUGCUUCGAAAACUUGUUGGAGGAGUGCAGCGAGGAUUUCACGAGUACCAGCGAAAGCGAGUUUAUUUACAACAAAGAAUUUGCAGAAAGUAUUACCCAAAGACUUAGCAACUUAGUGAAACAACAUCAAUUUAUUUUAAGCCUUACGAGGGACUUAAAGGCCGUCGUGAGCGUCCCAAUGCUAGCCCAGUUAGCUGUCACCGGCUCGGUGAUAUGUGUUGUUGGUUAUCAGGGUGCUACGACUUUCGACCAAGGCAUAGUCAAAGCUUUAACGAGCAUAAUCUUUUUAGUAUACAAUAUAUUUGAGCUCUACAUCGUUUGUAGAUGGUGUGAAGAAAUCACUACCUUGAGUUCAAAAUUAGGCGAAGCAAUAUACUAUUCUGGUUGGGAGCGUGGUGAGUCCCAGAUCCGUGGCGUACGUUCCACCAUCUUGAUUGUGAUGGCUCGAGCCCACAAACCUCUAUACUUCACAGCAGGAGGAAUGUAUAAUCUUACCGUUGAUUCUUUUGCCAGGCUGAUGAAAGGGUCCUACAGUGUUUUAACGAUGAUGUUGGGAUCUCGGUCUGAAUAG